AUGAUUAAGGAGAAUCAAGAAAGAGAUCAGGUAAUUGCAAGGCUUGCCACCAAUGUCAAUGUGUUGACAAAAAUAUUCACUGAAAGUCAAAUGAAGAAGGGUCAAUAUUCAAAUCAAGGUUCCUCAAGUGAUUCCAAGUUGGAAAUCAUGCUUGAACGGGUAUUGCAAAAUCAAGAGAGGUCCGACACUUCUAUGAGGAACAUGACCGAGCUUGUUGGUUCUUAUACAACAUCCAUUCAAAAAUUGGAGAUGCAAAUGAGAUCUCUCUCUAGGGAAGAAAAUCCAAAGCAAAAGGGAACACUUUAUAGUGACACAAUUGCGAACCCAAAGGGUAGUGGGAGUGGCCCAAUUUCUCAUAUUAUGGAAAUUACUACUCGGAGUGGGAAGGUACUACAAGAAGAGAGCGAACAAGUGGUUGAAGUAGAAGAGUCCGAACAGGGGGUUGGGGUCGAAGAGCCAAGUGUUGUUGAAGUUGAAAAGGUCCCGGAAGAGUUUAAAAUGCAAGAAGUAAAUUGGGAAGAGGUAAAGGAAAAGGUAAAAGAGAUGCCAAAAACUCUACCACCUAUUCCUAUACCUCCUCCUCCAUUCUCUCAAAGACUUGCUAGGAAAGUUAAUGAUAGCAAACUUGAAAAGUUCUAUGGCAUUCUCAAGCAGUUAUCAAAAGAAGACCCAAGAGCUUUCACCAUUCCAUGUACUAUUGGAGCACAUGACUUUGCAAGAGCCCUUUGUGAUAAUGGGGCUAGCAUCAACUUAAUGCCUCUUGCCAUUUACAAGAAAGCGGGGUUAGGUAUUCCAAGGCCCACAAGUAUGAGAUUGAAAAUGGCCGAUCGUUCCAUUGCAACAUCCACCGUUCAAAAGAAAGAAGACCCAAGAGCUUUCACCAUUCCAUGUACUAUUGGAGCACAUGACUUUGCAAGAGCCCUUUGUUAUAAUGGGGCUAGCAUCAACUUAAUGCCUCUUGCCAUUUACAAGAAAGCGAGGUUAGGUAUUCCAAGGCCCACAAGUAUGAGAUUGCAAAUGGCCGAUCGUUCCAUAAAGAGACCGGUGGGAAUUGUCGAUGAUGUGCUUAUAAAAGUGGGAAUGUUUCAUUUGCCCGCCGGCUUCGUAAUCCUUGAUUGUGAAGUUGACAAAGAGAUCCCUAUCAUCUUGCGGAGACCAUUCCUUACCACAGAAAGAGCAUUAAUGGAUUCAGAAUGA